AUGACGCGGAAGGAUCCUUUUCCAACCCGUCCUCCAAGCCAAUACCAGAAAGAAGAGUUCUACUGGAGAGGUGGUAACCCAUUGAAUGAACAAGAGUAUCUUGUUGACGAAUUUAGGGUUGCAUUAGAACAAUAUAAUCGAUCUCUCGAGAAUUAUAACCAAGUAAAACAACAAUUAGAUAAAGAAACAAAAAUACUAAACGAUAGAGAAGGAUACACAGAUGCUUUGGCGCAAUUUUUGGAUGGAAAUCCAGAUGACCUUAAAAAAGAGAACGAAUUGAAGCAAAAACUUCAAGGACUAGAAGCAGACAUUCAAUCUCUCAACGAAGAAUUACAAGAGUUACAACUUGCUCAGAAUACAGCCUUUGCAGGUUCACUUCAAUCAGAAAUAGCGUACUUAAUGAUUGAAAUCAAGCGAACAGGCAAAACAGCUGAGAAUGCAUCUCAGAAGAACGACGAUGUUAUCAAACAGCUCGCAGUCAUGUCAGUUUCUCCUCAAUAUCAAGAAAUUCGCAUUAAAGAAAACAAUCUCAAAUAUUUACAGCAAAAGAACAAAGAACUCAAAGCAGUUCUCGAUGAUCUCAAUUCCCGAAUGGUACAUGAGAAAUCCGAACCACCAAUCAGAUCAAACGACGAAAUUUCACAGCAGAGAUCUUUAAUGGUCGAUCAAAUGGACGACAAGAUCAAUAUAAAGAACCUACGACUCAAAGAAAAGCUUCAUCCGAUGAAACAUCAAAACUACGUCGAUCAUUUAUUUUCAAUUGUUAAAGAACUCAACGAUCACAUGAAAGAGCUCAACAUGGAGGAAGAAGACAUGGUAGAUAUUGAUGAUCUCCAGUCCAAGAUAUAUCCAGAGAUGACAGAAGAAGAGGAAGAGAAAGAAAGGCAAGAAUACGAAGAAAAAUUCUUAUUGAUCAAAUCCAGGAGAGAAAACAGACGCAGAUCAAUAAAUGCGGAGUUCCAAAGAGACAAACAACUCAAGGAACGUGCAGCGCAAGACAACAAGAAGCGCCAGGAUGAAGAAAGAAGGCAAGACGCAGAAAGAACUCGUCUUAAAUCAGAACAGCAAAGAAGAGAUCUUUUGCAGAAAUAUCAGAAUAAAAACGAAGAAAGUUCUUCACCAAAACAACAAAAGAAAGAAGAAAAACCUGUUGUUGUUCGUCCGAAAACUUCAAAGUCAAAUUCAAGAAACAAAAAUGCUCAGAAAAAGUCACAAGUUAACCUUAAACCAGAAAAAGAUGACAUUCCACGUCGUCAACAAGAGAAACAGCUAGAAUCUCCUAAAGCCAAAGAAGAACAACCUAAAUCCCUUAAUCUUUCUUCCGUCAUCAAAGAUAAGCUCGAUGAUGAUCACAAAGAAGAUGAAAAAUCAUUCGAAGAUUCAUUUGAAGAAAAUAAGAAGAAAGAUGAAGAUUCCUUCGAAAAAGAAGAGAAUUCUUUUGAGAAAGAAGACUCUUUCGAAAAAGAAGAAAAGAAGGAAGAAGACUCUUUCGAGAAAGAAGAUAAUAAAGAUGACUCUUUCGAGAAAGAAGAAAAUAAGGAAGAUUCCUUUGAAAAAGAAGAAAAUAAAGAGGAUUCAUUUGAAAAAGAUGAAAAAAGUGACAAAGAAGAUUCAUUUGAAAAGGAAGAAGAAAAGAAGAAAGAAGAAGACUCGUUCGAGAAAGAUGAAGAUGAUGAUAAGAAGAAGAGUGAUGAUGAAUUCGGUUCGGACGAUGAAAACAAGAAAGAAGAAAAGAAGAAAGAUGAUUUCGAUGAUUCAUUCGAAAAAUCUGAACAAAAAGAUUCAUUUGAAAAAGAUGAUGAUUUUGAGGAUGACAAGAAAGAAGAAGAAAAGAAGAAAGAAGAGGAUUCAUUCGAAAAGGAUGAGGAUGAUGAUAAGAAGAAAGAAGAAGAUGAUUUCGAUUCUGAUGAUGGAGAAAAGAAAGAAGAAAAUAAGAAAGAUGAUUUCGAUGAUUCAUUCGAAAAAUCUGAACAAAAGGAUUCAUUCGAAAAGGAUGAUGAUUUUGAGGACGAAAAGAAAGAUGAUGACAAUAAGAAAGAUGAUGAUUUCGAUGAUGACUUCGCCUAA